UCUAGAUGCAAACGCUGAAUGCUCCUAUGGAGGAGCGCCUUCGCUUGUCCGAACCACCGAGUUUCACGCCUUAAAACGCACCUUUGAGGACCGCUUGUCGAAAAUUGAGCAGGAUGUCCAAGUUACAAUGGCGAACACACAGCUGAUAGCCUCUUUACGAUUAGAAAUACAGAAACUCGUUGACGAGGUGAAAAGACGGUCACCGUCAACUCCAGGUUCGAAUACAAUUGAUCCUCAGCUUCCAACAACUCAAUUUGCAAUCUCCAACCCUCGACUUAUGCAGAAUAUCGAAAGAAAGAUAUCCGAUAUAGGUAGCUUAUCAGACAGCAAGGUUCUCCCAGUAGCACCGGACGUCAAUUUCUUCAACGACGACGACAUAGCACCGUUUGCCGAUAGCCCAUUCAUACCGCUACAACCCAGCUUACACACAAUUAUUGACUAUGUCAUGGACUUUCGAAACCCACAAACAUCUUACGAGUUGGCCCUAGUAGAUAACAACACUUCAUUUGACCUCAAGACGUUGACCUUUUGUUCCUUGUAUGAGAUGAUCAUUUCUGAAACGAUCGUUUUACAAGUGUCAAAUCAACCUACGCGAGUCAGUACCAUUCUAAUGCUGGAGGAAAACGAAAAUAAGGAAGCGUUCAAUCUCAAUAACAACAGUAGUACUGCCUCAAGUACCCGGUCAGUGGACCAAGAAGCGGCUAAUACCGCCAGCUCUAUAGCCAUUUUGAAAACGAAACCAUUUUGGGCACCUGAAAGUAGCAACUAUCAAAUAUUUGACGUCUGGACUGGCAUUAAUACGGCUGAUUGGCGAAUCGCGAACGAAGUCAUUUCGGCGGCAACGUGUGAAGCUCUUGUUCAAACGCUUCUCAAUUGUUCCAUUUCCUUUACAUUCCAACCACCGGAUCCAAACUAUUUUUUGAACAAAUAUAGAAACAACACCAUUGAUCCCAUCUUACUGAAUGCUAUGCUGGCAUGGGGAGCAAGGCAUGAUGCAGUAUUCCAUCACAAAUUGUUACAAGGUCCGCCAAACCAAGUAGGAGAGCCUUUCUUCCAGAAAGCACGCGCAUUGCUACAAGAGACUGACGAAAAGAGCAGUCUCGAAGUUGCACUCGCAUUGGUUAUCAUGAGCGUCUACCAAGCUGGCAGUAGCUUUGAACAAAAAUCAAACAGCUCGAGUUAUAUGUAUUUGAUGAUGGCCGCCACUAUGAUGUCAGACUUAGAUUUGGUCGACAAACUACCACAGAUGGAUUUUCUCACACGAGAGCUUCACUGUCGUGUAUUCUGGUUGAGCAUCUAUGUCGAGCUUUCUCUAGCAACCUUCUCGAGCCGACGGAUUAUGAGCACGGCUCAAGACACGUUUGCGCGUGUUCCAGAAGUCUCACCGCUAGAGUACGAAGACGAAAACAAUCAAGCGAAAGUGAUUUAUUUGAAGUGGAGACUUCGCGACAUGUUCAUAUAUCGAGAUAUGGUCUUCACGCUAAGUUCAGGAAACAAAAGCGUUCAGUUACCGGAAAUCCGAGACAUUGAAAAUCGAAUAAACAAAUGGUACGAAGGCAUCCCAAGUCAUCUACGAGUCCCUUCCUCACAAACUGCACGAGCAUCCCUCAGCGGGUCCACUAAAUGGUCGGAACUGGUUCCAUUCAUGUUGGAAUUGGAAUACCAUUCACUUCUUCUCCAACUGUACAGAUCUUUUCUUCCCAACCGGUUCAUGCCGAUAUGCAAUAUCACAAAAGUCGCCAUGCAAAUUUGUUUGCAAUCGGCGCAGGCGUGCAUAGAGUGUUUGGAUGUCAUAUCAAGGUUCAAGCGACACUGGUGUUUUUUCAAAACACAUCCUUAUGCUGUGGCAUUGCUCACUUUUCAGGACCUAAUCAAUCACACUGAUGAUCGACAAGCUAUGGCUGUCGCUUUUAGACAAAUCAUUCGAGCUGUCAAGAUAUUUUCUCAAUUACCUAUCCGAAACCACUGGGCUGUUUACAUGCUCUGUCAAAGUGCCAUCGACUUUCUCAAGGACAAAUGGGACCUUAUGGUCGAGAACAUUGGAGUGUCGGAAGCAAGUGAAUACUUUUCAUGUGUAUUAUUGCCUGGCCUCUCUCAGAAAGUGAUAGAAUUCUAAAAUCAACAGACACACCGAAAUAUUAUCCCCCGACCAAUUAUUUUUUUUUUUGUUCUUCUGCUUAAUGCAAAUGCUGUUACCGUUAAUGGGCCUGUUUCUUUUUCC